AUGUGGAACGAAAUACGGGAUCAGGUUAAUAAAGUCCACGAAGCCAUAUCUGGGGAAAGCAUAAAUGAGGGCCAAUACUGUAAUGAUGGCGCAUGGGGGAAUGGUGCAAAUAAGGACACAAAUAAGAAAGUGUGUCAGUACAUUGUUCAGGGGUUACAGUAUAUAUACAAUAUUAAAAAGGAAACGGAUAGAACGAAGGACCAGAACCCUGAAGAUAACUGGAAAUACAAGACUACUAUGGCCUGUCUAGUACUGAAUGCAUUCAUAGGGGAAUUGAGGAAGCAAAAAAAAACUUGCAACAUAGAACAAGGAAUAAAGAAGGCUUUUGAGAAUGGGGGGAGUCUUCGUAAACAGCUUUGCAUGAAGGACGGAUGUGAUGAAUGCAAAGAAGAAUACGAUCCGAAAUGUGUAAUAGCCGAUAAGGGAAUAGGACCAGAAUUAAGUGCGAAGCUCCAAGAGGGAGGGAGCAAAAUGAAGCAAACUCUGGAAUCUAUAUGUCUAACCACCCCACAAAAAUCAGAACCAGCAUCACUAGCAACAGGAUCAGAAAAGAAAGGAUCUGAAGACCAAUGUAAGAAGAAAAAGGAAUUGUGA